CAAUAAUUAUUAGAAUUAAUGAAAGAACGUUUACUGAACGUUUAACAUUUUACAGGAUAUACGCAAAGCUGCAACGAUGUCUGGCGCAAUGAAAAAGGCUACCGGAUUAACGGGAAUGGCUGUGGCCAAGAACCCGCACCACACACUAACGGCCUUGUACAACAAAAUCCUUCGCGCCGUAGCUAAAAUGCCUCAGGAUGCUGCGUAUCGACGCUACACCGAGCAAAUUGUGGCAGACCGUGCCAAGAUUGUUGCAUCGACUCCGUCGGUUAGUGAAGUUGAAGAAAAGAUGAAUUGCGGUCAGGUGGAGGAAUUGAUCCUCCAGGCCGAAAAUGAACUGAAUCUAGCCCGUAAGAUGCUUGGUUGGAAACCUUGGGAACCACUAGUCAAGCAAGCUCCGGCAACCCAGUGGGCAUGGCCACCGGCAAAGAUUCAUGAACUCAAGUAAGGUGGAAAAAUAAAGGUUUAUUCUCUGUUAACUGAAA